AUGUUUAUCUGCUCCACUGCGGUUCCGUGUAAGAAGAAGCAAGCCUCAGCUUAUCGUGCCAUCAAUUUCAAUGGCAUGUUGGGCCUUAGGGUUAGAGUUCAGCCUUUUGGAAGAAUUUCAAUGGCAUGUUUAUCUGCUCCACUGCGGUUCCAUGUAAAAAGAAGCAAGCCUCAGCUUAUCGUGCCAUCAACCUCGACACCUCAUGAACAAAAACCGCUUUCCGAUCUCGAUGAUCAAGGCACCGUUCGACUUCAUGUUCCAGUUUUGAUGUUUUACAUGAACAAUGUUAAAAGGAGAGGGGAAGAAGAUCCAGCAAUGGCUAUCAAAGAAGGGUUAGCUAAAGCACUUGUUUUCUACUAUCCCUUGGCGGGUAGGAUUUUUGAAGGGGAGAAUGGAAAACUGAUAGUGAAUUGCAAUGGGAAAGGGGUUUUGUUUGUUGAAGCAAAAGCGAAUGUUAAGGUUGAGCAGCUAAGUGAUAAAUCCAUGCAGCCACCAUGUCCAUACUUGAAGCAACUCCUCAACACUGUGCCUGGCUCCGAAGGGAUCAUUGAUUGCCCUCUUCUACUUAUUCAAGUAACCCGUUUUACUUGUGGUGGCUUUGCAUUGGGAAUUCGGCUCAACCAUACCAUGAUGGAUGGCCAAGGGUUCAUUCAGUUUGUAAAUGCAGUGAGUGAACUUGCAAAGGGUGCUUCUGUUCCAUCAACACUUCCCAUUUGGGAGAGAGGCCUCUUAACUGCAAGGCCAACCCCAACCAUCACCUGCGAACACAACGAGUUCAAGGAUUUCGAUUUAUCCAAGGCUAAAAGGUGGUGGGACUUCGAAAAAUUCUUGCAUACCUCCAAAUUCAUCAACGCAAAAAAGCUAGCGAGUGACCCUUGUGUGUGUUUUAGCAAACAUAUAUUUCACUCCCUCUUGAUCAAACGUUGUUUCACUUUUGGGUCAAGAGAGCUGCAAGCUAUCAAGGACCAAUGCCCCUCAAGUACCACAUUCGAGGCACUUUCUGCGUGCUUAUGGAAAUGUCGUACCAUUGCUCUCCGACCAGACCCUGAUUCAACGAUGAUAUUGACCAUUGCUGUGAAUAUACGAGAAAGAUUGCAGGACCCCAAACUGCCCCUUGGAUACUACGGUAAUGGCGUCGUGUCGGCAGCCGCAGUAACCACAGCCAAAUUGUUGUGUUCAAAUCCGAUAUCAUACGCAGCCAAGUUGAUUAGGGAGGCUAAAAAUGCUGUUAACGACGAUUAUGUUAAAUCGAUUACAAAUCUUUUGGUGACUAGGGGCCGACCAAGGGCGACUAUCAUAAAGAACUUCUUAAUAACAGACAAUUCAAGAUUUGGAUAUGACGAGGUGGAUUUUGGAUGGGGUAAGCCUAUAUAUGGUAGCGUUUAUGGUGUUGUUUAUGGAGUUGGGUUCUUGUUACCUCAUAAAAGGAUGGAAGACCCAAAGGGUAAAUUGGUGGCAUUAGCUUUGCCUCCAAUAAUUAUGGGAAAAUUUCAAAAUGAGCUUAGGAAGAUGACUCGACCACAAAACUGAUUUUUCCUAUCUAUAUAUGUAAUGAGAGGGAGUAAACGUUACGUUACGUCUCCUAUAUCCAUCUAAAUUCUUUGGAUCUUCUGUUUUGAUGUUGUACUUUCAGUAUUUUGAACACAUAUAUCCUUAUUAUGAAUAAACUACUUUAUGCCUA